CCUCUUCCUCCCCAUCCAUGAUACUAUAUUAAUUACAAUAUACUACUAUAUCGUAUAUAUAUAUAUAUUUCUUCUAAGGGCAUAUUUUUCUGUUUCUCUCUUCUAUCUUCUCAAAAUUCUCAAAAAUAAAAAAAAAACCCUCUUUCCACCAUCAACAACAACACACAAACACUAAUGAUUUUCUCGUUAACAUCAUCAUCGUUAUUCUGGAUUAUUUUCAACCUUACUUCUGCAAAAAAGUGACAGUUAUAGUAUCAGCAUCAACAAACUUUGAAAGAAAGCACAAAAUAUUUUCUGGGUUUUUUUUUGAAUCAUACCUCAAUUUUUAUUCUUUUGAUCUGGAUUUUUCUUAUUAUUAUUUAUUUUCAUAGAAUUGAAUUAUUGUUAUUUGUUAUAAUUUUGUUACUUAUGUCUCAUCAACCAAGACAAUUCCAUACUAAUAUGGUUGGAGGAAAUUAUAAUUAUGGAGGUCAUCACUCCAUGAAUGACACAACUUAUACUAAAAUUUUUGUGGGUGGUUUAGCUUGGGAAACUCAAAGAGAUACUAUGAAAAUUUAUUUUGAACAAUUUGGUGAGAUCUUAGAAGCUGUUGUUAUUACUGAUAAAGCUACUGGAAGAUCUAAAGGCUAUGGUUUUGUGACAUUUAAGGAUCCAGAAGCUGCUUUUAGGGCAUGUCAAAACCCAUCACCAGUAAUUGAUGGGAGAAGAGCAAACUGUAAUCUUGCAUCUCUUGGUGCGCAGAAGAACCGUCCACCCACUCCUCAACAUCAUGUUGCAGGAACAGGAAGAUUUAGAGCAUCACCAGGUUUGAUGAAUGCACCUACUGCUUAUCCAGGUUCAUCUUCAUCACCAUAUUUUCAUCAACCUCCAGCUCAACCUCCAUUUCCUUAUUCAGCUUAUGGAUAUACUGGGUAUGCACAUGAUUCCAUGUACCAUAUGAAUUACUAUGGUGUAUAUGGUCAACAAUAUUCACCUUACUACCCAACAACUGGAGGAGGAGCAGCAACAGGAGGUGCAGGAUCAGGGACAAUAGGGUACUUUCACAACUACUAUCCAUAUUAUGGCCCUUAUGCCCAAAGUAGCCAAGGUAGUUUUGGGGUCCAAUAUCCUCAGAUGGUACAACAAUACCCUUUCAUACCACAACACAUCAACUCCAGUGGAAUCUUAUCACUUCCCACUUCAACUAUGGCAAUGCCUACUAAUUCUACCCCAGGUGUAACAGCUACUUCAGGAGUAGUGAGUGUAUCAGCAGGGUCAGGUCCUUCUCAAGUCAUUACAACUGGAGCAACUACUGAACAAACUUCACCUACCUAGCACUAGCACUAGCACUAGCACUAGCAGCUGCUUGUUCUAUCUUAUAAAAGACUAACAAAAAUUAUUCAAGGGUAAUUACUUGAUCUACUACAUAUGCAAGCCAUUGAAGAUUACAAGCAAUAACAAGAGCUUUUCAGAAGAUUAAGCAAUGGUAAUUAUUCAAGGUUCAGAGAUUGAUGAUCAUCUAAUAGUGUCGUUUACGCGUCGUUAAUCUUCAUUAUUAUCAUACAUGUUUCAUUCUUAUUUAGGAUUAUAGGUAGUUUUAGGAGUCAUUAGCAUUUAGGAUGAUGAUUAAGGGGAAAAAAAUCAUAUUGAUUUAAUUUUUUUGGGAUAUUUUUCAUGGGGUAAAAACCAUAUAUUGGUCAUGGUUUUUUUUACCUUAGAUACUCCUAUAUGCCUUGGAUGCAUGCAGCAUUUCUAGGGCAUAAUCUUGUUCAUAUUGUAGGAGCAACAUUUUUAUUAUUUGGUUCAAAAGAUUGGUUUUAUGACUUUUGAGCCAAGAAUUUGUUGGUUUUUUUUUUUUAAUAGGUAAAGUUGUGAAGGGAAGAUAGGGUUCAAACCCCUUACCUAAUAGUCAGGGUAACUAAUGUGGGGGCCAUUUAGGCUCUUUGAUUUAUCCAAUUGUAUUUGUUAAUUUUCAACAAAAAAAAAAGAAAAAAAAGGACAUGCUUGGAUGGUUUUGUCCAUUUUUAACUUGUAUUUGUAGUAAUUUGUAUAGCUCUUAUGUUGUAUUAAUUUUUCUUAUCCAUAUGAGCCACGAAAGCAAUACAAAAUAUAAAGAAGGGGAGGGAGGAUCCGAACCUGUGACCUAUAGUUCACAACACCUCAA